AAGAUGAAGACCUAGACCUUUUUUAUGAAGUUUGUAGAGCAGUAGCAAAGCCAAAUCCCAUCCGGCCUAAACUUUGGGCGUAGGACAGAAAAUUGGUCAAAAGGCUUAUUAUGCUUCUGCGUAGAAUCCCCAGCGUAGCCCCGCAGGCAGGCAGUUCCCCCGCUUGACGUCGCUCUUUCACUUGUCAUGCAAUAUGGGCGUGCCAGAAGAACGAUUUAAAUGAAGGAGAUUCAAAAGUUCAGAGCCUGGAUCGUGUUUAUGCAGUUUUGACCUGGGGAAUGAAGAGAUUAUUUUCGUUGGCAAUAUGCUUAUUUAUGAAAGGGACUGGAGCAGGCAAGAGAGGAAUCAAAGGAAACACUGACUACUGUAGACUUGUGACAGGGAAGGGAAACUGAAUUGAAUUACCAAGAUGUUUGAAUCUGGCUGGUGUUUGUGCUUCCAUCUUUGGUUAUUUUUCCUGCUAUUUUCCAAAUUACAAGUUUCGGGUAAGGUCAGCGCUCCAUCCCACCUGCAAGCCAUCGCUGGGCAGCCCUUUAUGAUUGGCUGCAACAUCACAAUAGGCCCGGGGCAGUCGUUGUCACAGGUGCGCUGGAUGGACGCCCGCGAUGUCACCAUCCUUUCAUACCUUGCGGACGAGCCGAGCAGGGUGACCGGGUCCAAUCGUGUGGAGCUGGCCACUUUCCACAGCCACACCAGCGCCAUCAGAAUCAAGAGAGCUGGACCUCAGGAUGACGGCUGCUACCGGUGCAUAUUCGACGUCUACCCCACUGGGCAGCAAGAGGGGAGAACUUGCCUCACGGUCUUGGCAAAGGUGACCCUUGAUGGGAACAAGACGGUCGUGAGCGGGAAGCACACCACCCUGACCUGCAGCUAUGCCCUGUCGGAGCAUGUUCAGCAGGUGCUGUGGACUAAGACGGCAGAGCAGGGAGACACCACCACUGUGGCCUCCUACGCCAAGCAGGACCGUCCGAUCGUGGAGGAGCCCUUCCGGGGCCACGUUACGUUAAGCAGCACCCUUGACCGCACCCAGCUGUUCCUGCGCCCCGUGACCACGGAGGACGAGGGCUGCUACACGUGUCAAUUCCACACUUACCCUGAAGGCAUCAGGGGUGCCACUGCUUGCCUCACGGUUUACGUUCUCCCUAAGCCUGAAGUGAUCCACGUGACCGUGUCACCAGGCAUCGUCGAAGUGAACUGCACCACGGUGUCCCGACCUGCCUCCAAGAUCUCGUGGAACGUGGAGGGGGACAACCGCACGAUGGGCCCCUCUGUCUCCUCGUACUUCGAGCAAGGAGAUGGCACUACGCUAGUAGUCAGCUCCAUCCUCGUCCAGGACCGUCUCAUGGUGGACAAGACCAUCAAGUGUCUGGUUCACCACCAAGGCCUCGCAUCUGUGGUCACUGUGCCUGUGAAUAAGAUCAGACGCACACACAUAAUUCUCAUCGUCAUGAUGUCUGUGGCCCUGGCUCUUCUCCUGUGCCUAUGUGUAUGUGUGAGCAAGUGUUCCCCGUGCUGACGCCUUUAAUAGAAAACCCUUCACAAGGAAAAUAGAUGCUGCUAUGAAAACAGUAAACAGUAUGUAGUACUGCCAGCCCAAGCAUGAGCAGCCUGACUAGAUACCUCAGGACCAUCUUGCAAGACACCUGAACUGACUGCACUUGUUCACUUUGACCACAUCAGCACACGGCUUUCUGCAUCACUAACACCUGAUUUUCAGAACUGAACUAUGCUUAGUAUCACAAUUAGGACAUGGGGCCUGACGCUUUGUAAAUAUUUGUGGAAAAAAGGAAGCUAUUUGUGGAAAAUAUGUGGGGGGGAAAAUAUCUCCAAGUUGAAGUGUAUUGUAUAUUUUUGCUGAUCUGCAGUGAACAGAGUAGGCCUAAUGUUUUUUUCUCAAUGUCUGUGUGGCUAGAUUUAGCUCUACACAUCUUAGACUCAGUAUUUGUUGUUAGCCUAGCAGGAGUAUUUCUUUAUCAGCCCACAUGUUAGACAGGAAGUCAUGUUGGUACCAGAGAAAGAGGUAGUGGAUGACCACGUCAUUGCUCAUAUUUGCACACACACACACAACCACACCAGGGAUGGGAAUUAGCACCCGCCACCAGCCAAAUGCGGGUGGAUUUGGUCAACUUACCAGCCACUGUGGCGGAUAAGAUAGAGCUAGUAUACCACAAAUAUACAGUCAGAUACGGGCGAAUUUUCAUAGGCCCUGACGUUAAAAAAUAAGAAAGUGUCUCGUAGGGAUCAUGUAAUUUUAUCAGUAUUGCGCUGAUUUGAAGUUAUCUAUAAUAACUACCAGUGAGCCGCAGUCUCCCUGUAGCAUGGCGCAGCGCUUCACUUUUUGACACUAUAGGCACACAAAGUGCAUCCAAAUUCACCCAUUCUUCUCUGUUGAACUACUCGAGAAGUAUUUGCUGUGAUAAUCUGUCUGUGCCCAUCUCCACAUCCAUUCGUCUCGGUGGAAUAUCUCACAAACUCUUCACGCAACACGUGACAAACCAUAUAUCAGAAUAAACAGCAGACCUUACCGAACACAAAUGUGUAAUGCAUUCUCGUGCAUAAUUAGUCGUUCCAGAGUGAUCCAAAUAUCUGUAAAUAAUAGAAUCAGAGAAUAUACAGCUCAUGGCUCAGCUCAAGAGUUUGUCAAUGUAGUCUUAAUGAUUUAUUUUAACAAAAUGCUAAGCAUGCAUGUAUUUAAGUUUCUUAAAACUGAACCGUGCUUAAAUUGGUAAAUGCAUGAUUUCAUAACAGGCCAAAUAGAAAAUAAAUGUUAAAUAUAGCCUAGAUAUCUGUAAAUAUUAAAAUCAGAUGAUGUAGGCUACACACUACACAGCUCACCCCAAAGGAUUGUCUUAAAGGAGCCACACCACUUUUAUAACACAUAUGGCAUAUAAAUGCUGUUCUGUUGGCCUUUAGUUUUGUUGCUACUGUGCAUGGAGGACAGGCCAAUUUUGAGUUCUGUCCAACAUUGGUGGUAGGUUUAGAGAAAAAUUCAGCACAUUUUAAUCGUAUCGCAAUAAUGCCGAUGACUGUGAUCAUUUAGGUUACUAUAAUCAUGAUAUCACAUUUUUGUACUAUAUCUCUAGUGGCUGGUGAAAAAGUUGAGUGGCUGGUAGAUUUUGGAAUCCACCAGCCACAGUGGCAGGUGGACAAAAUAUUUAAUUUCCAUCCCUGAACCACGCACACACGCACAGGUAUGCACACCUACAGAUCUUUUUUUUCUGUACAUGUCCACUAGAGGGAAGUAUUGCUCUGUAUUUAAGGACUAACAAUCCACGGUCCCAUGUUCAGAUAUUGUGAAAGAAAGUGUUCACUGAUGGUAAAGUUGUUCACUGUAAUGACGCUUUGGAUAUGUACUACAUAGCUUUAUUUAUAUACAGCAGAGUAUGGGUGUUUACAAGUAGCCCACUAACCAAUGCAAAGAAAGGAGCAAACAAUUGUAUGGAAGGCUAUUGCAGUUCAUAUUGUUCAUUUCAAUUCUUCUGUGAUAUAAUUUUGCAAUAAAUUGACAGAGUAUUUUGUGAUGUAGUGAA